AAAAAAAAAGAUAAUGGCUACUCCUCCACCAAUGUCCUCUCUUCUCUUCAUCCCUGUCCAUAAUUGAACCACCCUCUCAGUCUCUCAUUGUCUCUUUCUCCAUUAAGCAAAACAAAAUGUUUGUCCCUUCAAAACUUCUACCUCCCUGGCUAGCCGUUCUGCUCUCUGAGAAGUUCUUCAAUGCUUGCAUAGUUCAUGAGGAGAGGAAGAACGAGAAGAACUCAUACUGCUUGGAUUGUUGCAUCAGUUUCUGCCCUCAUUGCUUCACCCAUCACCAAUCUCACAGACUGUUAAAGAUAAGGAGGUAUAUGUACCAAGAUGUCAUAAAGCUAGAUGAUGCUUCUAAGUUGAUCGACUGUGCCUUGGUUCAAUCAUACACAUCCAACAGCGCAAAGGUUGUGUUUCUGAACCGGAGGUCAAAUAUAAAGAGUUGCUGCCAAGGCUCCGGCAACGUGUGCAGUACCUGUGACAGAAGCGUGAAAGACUCUUGUCACUAUUGUUCUAUCUCUUGCAAGAUUGAUCAUGUUAUAAAGACAAAAGGUGGUCUGUCCAGAUUGAUCAAUCACGAGUGCAACUUCAUGUCUUUACCGGAGCAUGCUUUAGACGAUGCUUUGCUGACUCCCAACUCGGUUCUUGAACCCGCCGGCUCGGUUCGAACGUCCUCCACUUCGGUGAGAACCUCCUCCGGUUCUGUAGGUUACGGCGAAUUGGGUUGCAUGUCAUUGACAUGUACUGCUACGACAGAGAUUGUAAGGAAAAAGAGAAGCAGCUUACUAAGGGCGGCCCGGAAGGCAUUUAUAUCAGUGUCGGAAAUGUCAACCCGCCGGAGAAAAGGGACUCCUCACCGGGCACCACUUCAUUGAGUUUCAACAUGGAAUGAGAUCGUAGAGAAAGAUUUGGUAGGUAUGAAAAAUUGAAGUAACACACUGAUAGAGAGAGAAGUGUCAUCAAUCAAUCAAUCAAUCAGAGAGUUAAUUCUGGUCGUUCUGAAAUCUGGACUUCUGGUAAUUGAAGAUCUUCCUCCGUUUCUUACGGCAAAAGGUAGUGAGAUCUUAUGCACCUGUGU